AUGCAGAUGCAGAUUGAUACCUCAGCUGCACCGCCAAUGUUCGCUGCGUCAUCCACGGAUGGUGCUGUGAGCAUCGACGGUGUGGUGAGUGUAGGCGACAACGUAUUCAAGGUUGACGAUUUCCUUCGAAUGAACGAGGGAAUUCACAAGGCGCAGAAAUACGCCAAAACAGCAUCCAAGAAUAACACCGAUACCGUCACACCUCUAACUCCCAUAGCCGUCGGCGCCCGCUCGUCCAAAAACAUAAUCUUGCUCCAUGAAAAGUACCAGGCACUUGGUAUCCCUCAGCCUGCGUUUACGUACGGCGGAAGCAGCGUCGAGGGCUGGAAUGUUAGUGUGAGUUUUCCUGGACUGAAGGGCAUGGAGGAAUUGCAGGAUUUGAGCGUGGACAGGAUGUUUAACAGUAAGCAAGAGGCCAAGGAAGCAGUGAGCGAGAAGGCGCUUGGUGUACUAGAAGAGUUGGAAAAAGAAGGACGUGUCACGGGCGGUAGAACCAAGAGGAAGAAGAGUAACGCUGUAGCGGCUGCAACACCAGUUGAAAAAGAAGAACCGGGUGAGAAUUGGGUUGGACAGUUGUUAGAAUUCCAACGCUCAAUCUCGGCCCCCCAACCCACAUACACAGACUAUGCAUCCGGCACCCGCUUUGCCUGCCUCCUCACGCUAGAAAACCACCCCCACCCCUUCGGCUCCCUCGACGCCCUCUUCUCGUCCAAGAAGUCCGCUCGCCAGGCCGCCGCUCGCACAGCGAUAACGUAUUUCAAAGACCAAGGCGUCUGGCCCGAGGACUUUACUGCCGUCGGUGGUAUCAAGAAGAAGAAAUCUGCCUCCACCACCGACGGUACCGCACUCUCACCAUCCCGACGUCCCUCAUCCACACCCUCCACUACAUCAAACUCUACGUCUACCCCUGGCACCGGCACCAGCACCACAGGUCCAACAUACGCCUACCGCGUCGCCACCCUCGCCACAACGCUCGCCCUACCAACGCCCGAAUGGCACUUCACACCCCACCCGUCCGACCCCACCUUCCACACGGUAUCUUGUUUCUUCAAAGACGCCGGUCCGCACGCCGGACCCAUUGGCGAGGCGCGGAACGUGUAUGGGAAGAAGAAGGCCAAGGAGGAGUGUGCGCGGUUGACGCUGGAGUAUUUGGAGAGGGUUAGGGGGGAGAGGAUGGAGUUUGGGAGGCGGGUUUUGAGUGCGUUGAAGGAGGGGGGUGGUGGGGGUGUGGAAGGCGGGGAGGGGGAGAGUGAAGAGGAGGAGGUUGAGUUUUUUGAGGAUGCUGUUGAGGGGUUGUAG